AUGGACGUAUUCAAGACGAAGGGCGAGGACCCGUUGCCCUGGGAUUCUAGCGGCGACUCUCGGGUACCUGAUCAAUGUCACCUUCGAGGGAGGAACCUGUCCUUCAGCGAGGACGGCUACCAGAUGCACCCGAAGCUCGUCAUCAUCCUCCAUCAACAAGGAGAGGAAGUGGGAGCGGCCCACGAGGGCCGGGAGAGCGAGAACCCCUUGCCCCAGCCCCCCAACACCCCUAGACUGAAGCUGCCUGUAAUCCCAACCACUGCCUGGAAGGCGGAGAUCUACGGGGACCGGGGUCGUCCGUGUCGGCAGAUAAAUCAGCAGGGCUACGGCGGCUACGCAGGGAGGAGGGAGGUGGGCAAGUGGAAAGAUAAGUCCCUGCAGAUGAAGUACUACGUGUGGCCGCGCAUGUGCCCGGAGACGGAGGAGCAGGAGGACGACCACCUGAGCAUCGUGACCCUGGAGGAGGCGCCCUUCGUCAUCGUGGAGAGCGUGGACCCCCUGAGCGGCACGUGCAUGCGCAACACUGUCCCCUGCCAGAAACGCAUCAUCUCCGAGAAUAAGACGGACGAGGAGCCGGGCUACAUCAAGAAGUGCUGCAAGGGCUUCUGCAUCGACAUCCUCAAGAAGAUCUCCAAGUCCGUCAAGUUCACCUACGACCUCUACCUGGUCACCAAUGGCAAGCACGGCAAGAAGAUCAACGGCACCUGGAACGGCAUGAUCGGGGAGGUGGUAAUGAAGAGGGCCUACAUGGCGGUGGGCUCCCUCACCAUCAACGAGGAGCGCUCGGAGGUGGUGGACUUCUCCGUGCCCUUCAUCGAGACCGGCAUCAGCGUCAUGGUGUCCCGCAGCAACGGCACCGUCUCGCCUUCCGCCUUCCUAGAGCCGUUCAGCGCAGACGUGUGGGUGAUGAUGUUCGUCAUGCUGCUGAUUGUCUCUGCCGUGGCCGUGUUUGUGUUCGAGUACUUCAGCCCCGUGGGUUACAACCGGUGCCUAGCCGACGGCAGAGAGCCGGGCGGCCCGUCCUUCACCAUUGGCAAGGCCAUCUGGCUUCUGUGGGGCCUGGUGUUUAACAACUCCGUGCCGGUGCAGAACCCCAAGGGGACCACCUCCAAGAUCAUGGUGUCCGUCUGGGCCUUCUUCGCCGUCAUCUUCCUGGCCAGCUACACUGCCAACCUGGCUGCCUUCAUGAUCCAGGAGGAGUACGUGGACCAGGUGUCCGGGCUGAGCGACAAGAAGUUCCAGAGACCGAACGACUUCUCGCCGCCUUUCCGCUUCGGGACGGUCCCCAACGGCAGCACGGAGCGGAACAUCCGCAAUAACUACGCGGAGAUGCACGCCUACAUGGGCAAGUUCAACCAGAGGGGCGUGGACGACGCGCUGCUGUCCCUCAAGACGGGGAAGCUGGACGCGUUCAUCUACGACGCGGCGGUGCUCAACUACAUGGCGGGCCGGGACGAGGGCUGCAAGCUGGUGACCAUCGGCAGCGGCAAGGUCUUCGCCUCCACGGGUUACGGCAUCGCCAUCCAGAAGGACUCGGGCUGGAAACGCCAGAUCGACCUCGCCAUCCUGCAGCUCUUCGGCGACGGGGAGAUGGAGGAGCUGGAGGCCCUGUGGCUCACCGGCAUUUGUCACAACGAGAAGAACGAGGUCAUGAGCAGCCAGCUAGACAUCGACAACAUGGCGGGCGUCUUCUACAUGCUGGGGGCGGCCAUGGCCCUCAGUCUCAUCACCUUCAUCUGCGAGCACCUCUUCUACUGGCAGUUCCGGCACUGUUUCAUGGGCGUCUGCUCCGGCAAGCCCGGCAUGGUCUUCUCCAUCAGCAGAGGCAUCUACAGCUGCAUCCACGGGGUGGCGAUCGAAGAGCGCCAGUCGGUGAUGAACUCCCCGACGGCCACGAUGAACAACACGCACUCGAACAUCCUGCGGCUGCUACGCACGGCCAAGAACAUGGCGAACCUGUCGGGGGUGAACGGCUCCCCGCAGAGCGCGCUCGACUUCAUCCGCCGCGAGUCGUCGGUGUACGACAUCUCGGAGCACCGGCGCAGCUUCACGCACUCGGACUGCAAGUCGUACAACCCGCCGUGCGAGGAGAACCUGUUCAGCGACUACAUCAGCGAGGUGGAGCGGACCUUCGGGAACCUGCAGCUCAAGGAGAGCAACGUGUACCAGGACCACUACCACCACCACCACCACCGCCCGCACAGCAUCGGCAGCACCAGCUCCAUCGACGGCCUCUACGAUUGCGACAACCCCCCCUUCACCACCCAGCCCCGGCCCCUGGGCAAGAAGCCUCUGGAUCUCGGCCCGCCGCCCGCCAAGCACGGACAACUGGGCGACCUGUACGGCAAGUUCUCCUUCAAGAGCGACCGCUACGGCCACGACGACCUGAUCCGCUCCGACGCCUCCGACAUCUCCACCCACACCGUCACCUACGGCAACAUCGAGGGCAACGCGGCCAAGCGGAGGAAGCAGCAGUACAAGGACAGCCUGAAGAAACGCCCGGCGUCCGCCAAGUCCCGGCGGGAGUUCGACGAGAUCGAGCUGGCCUACCGCCGACGGCCGGCCCGCUCCCCCGACCACAAGCGCUACUUCAGGGACAAGGAGGGCCUGCGCGACUUCUACCUGGACCAGUUCCGGCCCAAGGAGAACUCGCCGCACUGGGAGCACGUGGACCUCACGGACAUCUACAAGGAGCGGGGCAGCGACGGCUUCAAGCGAGACUCGGUGAGCGCCGGGGGCCCGGCGUGCGCCAACAGGCCUCACCUCGGCGGCGGCGGCGUGGUGGGUGGCGUGCCGGCGCCCUGGGAGAAGAGCCUGGGCGCCGUGGACUGGGACGAUCGGGCGGCGGGUAACUUCUGCCGCAGCUGCCCGUCGAAGCUGCACAACUACACGGCGGCGGCGGUGCCGGGCCAGAACUCGGGGCGGCAGGCGUGCAUCCGCUGCGAGGCGUGCAAGAAGGCCGGCAACCUGUACGACAUCAGCGAGGACAACUCCCUGCAGGACCUGGAGCCGCCCUCCGGGCCCGUGGCCCUCCCCCCCGGGGCCGCCCCGUCGUCCACCAAGUACCCCCAGAGCCCCACCAACUCCAAGGCCCAGAAGAAGAGCCGCAACCGGCUGCGGCGCCAGCACUCGUACGACACCUUCGUGGACCUGCAGAAGGAGGAGGCCGCCCUGGCCCCCCGCAGCGUGAGCCUCAAGGACAAGAGCCGCUUCCUGGACGGCAGCCCCUACGCCCACAUGUUCGACAUGGCGGCCGGCGAGGGGAGCUUUGCCAACAGCAAGUCCUCAGUGCCCACCGCCGGCCACCACCACCACAACAACCCCGGCGGCGGCGGCGGCUACAUGCUCAGCAAGUCCCUGUACCCCGAUCGGGUCACCCAGAACCCUUUCAUCCCCACGUUCGGAGACGACCAGUGCCUGCUUCACGGCAGCAAAUCCCACUUCUUCCGACAGCCCACGGUGGCCGGGGCGGCGGCGGCGGCGGCGGCCAAAGCCAGACCGGACUUCCGCGGCCUGGUGGCCAACAAGCCCGCGGUGUCGGCCCUGCACGGGGCGGCGCCCGGCCACUUCCAGAAGGAUCUCUGUAUAGGAAACCAGUCCAACCCCUGCGUGCCUAAAAACAAAAACCCCAGGGCUUUCAAUGGCUCCAGCAACGGCCAUGUGUACGAAAAACUGUCUAGCAUUGAGUCUGAUGUGUGA